ACUAAUUUGUCACUUUAAAGCGUUGUGAAUUCAGUCGGGUACCCUAACGAAAAUCGUCUGUUCCUGAUCCUCUCGCUCGCUGAUCGAUCUGCCCUGCGAUCGAACCAUCCGCAGUUUCUACUUUCCCAAAUAAAUUCCGCUCAAAUUCAGGCCUGAAAUCAGUUUAAAAAUGAGUUUCAUUCAGUACGAGCAAAACUGUGACUUUCCCAUUCAGAAUCUGCCUUAUGGAGUCUUCUCGACCACCGAAAAUCCGCAGCAUCGGAUUGGGGUUGCCAUCGGAGACCAAGUGUUAGACCUGUCUGUAGUCAAGGAACUCUUCCAUGGACCCCACCUGACGGAAUGCAGAGAUGUGUUUGACCAGCCAGUGCUGAAUGGUCUGAUGGCGCUUGGUCCUCCUGUCUGGAAGGAGGCAAGGCAGACACUGCAGAGGAUCUUAUCUGCUGAUGAGGGUGUCCUCAGGGAUAACGUGGAACUCAGGGCAAAAGCUUUUGUGCCCCAGAGUUCGGCCAUCAUGCAUUUACCGGUCAAGAUCGGAGACUACACUGAUUUCUACUCGUCCAUCCACCAUGCUACCAAUGUGGGCACCAUGUUCAGGGGCAAGGAGAAUGCCCUCAUGCCGAACUGGAAGCAUCUUCCAGUUGGUUACCAUGGUCGCGCAUCAUCUGUCGUCAUCUCAGGCACACCAAUUAGGCGUCCCUGUGGUCAAACCAGAGCAGACGAGAGCCAGCCACCAGUAUUUGGCCCCUGCAAGCUGAUGGACUUUGAAUUGGAAAUGGCAUUUUUUACUGGGCCAGGCAACAACCUGAGUGAAGCCAUCCCCAUUAGCAAGGCUCAGGAUCACAUCUUCGGCAUGGUCCUCAUGAACGAUUGGAGUGCCCGCGACAUCCAGAAAUGGGAGUAUGUACCCCUGGGCCCCUUUCUGGGUAAGAACAUGGGUACCAGCAUUUCUCCCUGGGUGGUUACCAUGGAAGCACUGGCCGCCUUCACCAUCCCAAACCACCCUCAGGAUCCCAAGCCUCUGCCAUACCUUCAGCAUGAGGACAACUUCAACUUUGACAUUAAUCUAGCAGCUGCCAUCUCCGCGGAGGGAACAAACGGACCAGCUAUGGUUUCCCGCACCAACUUUAAGUAUAUGUAUUGGACUAUGAAGCAGCAGCUGGCCCACCAUACUGUGACGGGAUGUAACAUGAAUCCUGGAGAUCUACUGGCCUCAGGCACCAUCAGUGGACAGACGGAUGAUUCCCUGGGCUCUAUGCUGGAACUCUGCUGGAAGGGAACAAGGGAAGUGGAUCUCGGCAGUGGAAUCAAACGGAAGUUCCUGAAGGAUGGUGACGAAGUCGUCAUCACAGGUUACUGUCAGGGAGAUGGGUAUCGUGUGGGCUUCGGAUCCUGCACAGGCAAAGUGCUACCUGCGGUCAAUCCCUUCCAGUGAAAGGAAAAACACACCCUUCCAUCGUCUCUCUCAUCAUGAAUAAAUGCUUGUACCUUUUUUUAAUUCUCAAAAAAGAAGGAAGUAGCACUUAAAAUCGGUUGCAACAAGGAGUUUGUUUCUUAGACAGUUUAUUUGGCAAUGAAAAUGUCUUCCUGCUUUGUUAUCAAACAAAAUCAUGUUCCUCUGUGAAAACAAUAGUCACUUUAUAAACCGUCAACAGCCGUUUUUUUACAGAUAUUUUAUGUGUAUCCUCUUUACAGUAUCUUUAAAGUUGAUCUGUUUGAUCAAAUUUACUAAAUGCAAUUUAUUGUAAAAGUAAGGAUAACACAUUCAAAUAUGUAAAAAAAAAAAA